ACACCCAUGAUUAAGCAGAAAAAGAAGAGAAAGAAAGGAUGCGAGGCCCUUCAAUUCAACCCUCUUUUCUGGACCGUGCUAUGUAUUUUUCGCUCGAAAUGAGUUAGGAUUUAUAUUCUUUGUUUUUGAGUCAUUCAUAUGUCUGGAUCAUUGAUUUUCUAUUGGAGGUUCUGAUAAGGUGUUGGUGCCUCCGCUCCAUCCAUUCAUCCGUCCAUCUAGCGCAGGGACGGGGCGAGGAAGGUGGAGGGCCGCGGCGAUGGCUGCUGGGGGAGCUGGAGGAGGAUGCGGGGAGUCGGUGGAUCAUUAUCGGGCGGAGGUGGAGAGGCUGACCCGCGAGCUCGCAGAGGCGAACCGGGAGAAAGUCCGGGCGGCGGAGUGCGGUCUGGUGGUGCUGGAGGAGAACCAGACCCUCAAACAGCAGUAUGCGGAGCUGGAGGCCGAGCAGGAGACCCUCAGACAAGAGCUGGAGCAGCUGCAAGAGGCCUUCAGCCAGGCGUACACCACCCAAAGGAAGGUGGCUGAAGAUGGGGAGACCAACGAGGAGACGCUGCUGCAAGAGUCAGCCACUAAGGAGGCAUACUAUAUGGGCCGUCUGCUGGAGCAGCAAACCGAACUGAAGAAUAGUCGAUCUCAAGCAUCCUGCACACAGGUGGAGAAUGAGAGACUCACAGCCAUACUGCAGGAACUCAGAGAGAGUAAUGAGAUGUUGGAGCUGCAGAGGAGUCAGAUGAGAGAGGAGAUCAGAGAGUAUAAAUUCAGAGAGGCCCGACUUCUGCAGGACUACACUGAACUGGAAGAAGAGAACAUCUCACUGCAGAAACUGGUGUCUACGCUCAAACAGAACCAGGUGGAAUAUGAAGGCUUGAAGCAUGAAAUCAAAGUUCUGGAGGAGGAGACAGCCUUGCUCAAUAGCCAAUUAGAAGAUGCACUGCGCUUGAAGGACAUCUCCGAUAGCCAAUUGGAGGAGGCCUUGGAUGCUCUGAAAGGAGAGCGAGAGCUGAAGAAUACCUUCCGGAAGGAAUUAGUUCAUCAUCUUACCGUGUGCGAAGGGGCCUUCAGUUCAGGCUGUGCCCAUCUGAUUGCCUUGAGCUCAGCACCACCUAGUGGCAGUGCCACCCCGACAGCUGCGACCUCGCCCAGCAGUGAAGAUGGUGGCAAAUGCAAUGCUCAUCUGCUCCAGGGCGCGAUGGGUUCAACGCUAAAUAGACUAAAUGGAGACUUCAGGACAUUGGCUUCGAGGAAGAGUGAAAGUUUGACCCCUGACCUCUUCAGUGAACUCAAUGGACCUGAGAUCCAGAAACUCAAACAGCAACUCCAACAGGUUGAGCGGGAAAAAGCAUCUUUGGUGAACAGCUUGCAGGAAUCACAGGCCCUGCUCCGUCACACACAGGGGGCCCUUACAGAACAGCACGAGAGGGCCCGUCGACUGGGUGAGCGAUUUCGAAAACUCCGCCGCCACCGCAGCAAGGAAAACAAGGUGGAAGAGGAAGAUGAAGAUGAGGAGACCACGUAUGUCCCAGGGGAUCAGGAGGCUCCCAGUUUGGAGUUGUUGCAGUGUAAGUACAGGGUCGCAGUGACGGAGGUGGUUGGACUGAAGGCGGAGCUUAAGGAGGUUAAAGAAAGAUUUAACAAGUGUGUGGAGGCAAAAGCACGAGCAGAAGAGCACAGCCAGGUGCAAUUGCAGGCACUGGAAACUCAGGUGGCACAGUUAGAACGCAGUUGCAGGGAUGGCCGGGAAAAGGCGGUGAAUCUUGAACGUGAGCUGCAGGCAGCCAAUAACACGGCAUUGGAAACCCAUGGAAUUCUUGGUACUGCGCAAGACGAGCUGGCGAUAUUUAGCGAAGAAUUAGCACAACUUUACCAUCAUGUCUGCCUGUGCAACAAUGAGACACCCAAUCGUGUUACACUGGACUACUACCGACAGGGCAGGACCCCAACACGCAUGUCCAACGCCGGCCUCAAGGUGCAAGAUGAACACCGGGUGCUGUUGACGCCACGGCUAGCACGUCGUUUAGCUGCAAUUAAUGCUGCAACGUCCGAGUCACGUAGCCCAUCCAACUCACCGUCCAAAGAACCCCUCACUGUUGAGCCGAGCCCGGUCCGUACGCCGCUUGGCUCACCCAUUGUUAGUGCCUCUUCCUCUUCGUCAUCUUCAUCUCCAGCACCCGAGUCGUCCACGGGUUCUGACCUCCGCCGUGAGCCCACUAACAUCUACCACCUUAACGCCAUCAUUCGCGAUCAGAUCAAACAUCUCCAGAAGGCAGUGGACCGUUCACUACAGCUAUCCCGCCAGAGAGCGGCUGCUAGUGAGCUCGCCCCGUUGAUGGACAAGGACAAGGAGGCCUUUAUGGAGGAGAUUCUUAAACUCAAAUCACUCCUGAGCACCAAGAGAGAGCAGAUCGCAACCUUGCGCCUUGUACUCAAAGCCAACAAGCAGACGGCUGAGGUGGCCCUGGCCAACCUGAAGAGUAAAUACGAGAAUGAGAAGACAAUGGUGACAGACACCAUGAUGAAGCUGAGGAACGAGUUGAAAGCUUUGAAAGAGGACGCAGCGACCUUCUCUUCCCUCAGAGCCAUGUUUGCCACACGCUGUGAUGAGUAUGUGACUCAGUUAGACGAGAUGCAGAGACAACUUGCGGCAGCAGAAGAUGAGAAAAAGACGUUGAACUCUCUCCUCCGCAUGGCCAUCCAACAAAAACUCGCCCUCACCCAGAAACUAGAAGACCUGGAGGUUGAUCAUGAGCAGUCUCACCGUACCCGUGUGGGCAAGACAUCAAGACUGCGGACUCACUCACCUAAAGUAAGUGGAACGCACGUCCCGCCCCUUCCCGACACCCCAAUGACAAUAACCGAGGUGCUUACGGCAGCAGCCGCCAUCACCUCGCCCACCACCCAGAAUACAUCCGCUUUUACGCCCACCGAACCAUCCGCCCCCAACAGCCCACCCACGUUGGAAGCCCCCUUGUCCCCCGCCUCCUCCUCGACCUCGUCCUCUUGGACACCCCUGACCACGCCCUACCGUCAGAGCGUGUCCCAGUGGACAAUGGGAGUCCGGGCGUAUGUAGUAAAGCCGCACUCUUCCAGUGUGGACUACGGCCACCUACCUACCCAUUCCUCCAUCCUGGCCCGCCGCUAUGCAAGUGAGUCGCACUAUUCCCCGGGCUCCACCCCUUCCUCGCCCUACCGCUCGUCACAUUUGGCCAGUCGCCCUUCCAUGUGGAGCUCCCCCCAGUCACGCCCGCUUCCCAGUCACCUGAUGCGUUCCACCUCGCGAUACACGCCCCCAUCGUCCACCUACACCCCACUGUACCCUAGAAAUUACAGCUCGCAGCAUCCCCGGUACUGACGCCCGGCGGGUAUCGCAGAGAGGAGGACACACUGGUUUCCUGUGUUUAAAUGAGGGGGGGUGGUUUAUGUACUCAGGGAUUUAUUGGAGCACAAGUGUCCCGGCCUUCUUCAAACGAGACUGUUGGUCAGUUCUCAGGACAUUGUGUUCUGUCAAACACCCGUCCGACAUGAUUUUUGGUGCAUGUGGACUUGCAGAUGAUCAGAUCAGAGGGACUUUAGACAGUUUCAACAGGACGUUACAUUGACGGAAUCAGAUUUUGUUAAACAUCACAUGCAGAAAUGUGAAAUUAUUGCAGUCACUUAACACUGAAACACGCACUGCGUAUUAAUCAUUACUUUGUUUAUACAGAGUCAACUUCAGAUUGUCAAGGAUUUCUUCUAUAUUUAAGAAAGGGUUAAUCAGUAACAAAAAGGUUUUUGUAUGCUUUAGUGUAGGUUGUGUGUAAUUUGAGAAAUGUAACUAUAGAAAUGUUCGGAAUAGCAUACUACCAUACUUGUCUUACUAUUUCUACAGUAUGCACGUUUUCUGGAUGAUUUGCUACCUUUGCCAAAAAGUGCGAUAAACAACAGAGUACACUUCGAAGAAUAUUGUAUUGCAGUUCGCUUGACCUGACCUUCAAUUUCCAGUGUUUCAAAUGAAAAAUAAAUAUAGACACAUAAUUAAAGAAAUAAUUUAGAUUAAAUACAAGAUAAGCUUAAUCAACAGCAUUUGUGGCAUAAUGUUGAUUACCACAAAAAAAAAAUUUGACUCGUCCGUCCUUUUCUUUAGCAAAAAUCUAAGUUACAGUGAGGCACUUACAAUGGAAGUGAAUGGGGACAAUUAUUGGAGGGUUUAAAGGCAAAAAUGUGAAGCUUAUAAUUUUAAUAAAAGCACCUACAUCAGUUCUUUUGUUAAAACUCAUGUAUUAUUUGAGCAUCAAUUUUACAGUUGUUUUAGGGUUUACGGCAUUAUGUCGUCUUGGCAACGAAGUUGUCAAAUUGGAUAUAAGUUUACACAGAAAAGGUUAGUAAGCCACUUUAUCACACUGAAAUUUUGUUAACAUGCAUAUUGUUUAUGUCUUUUGGCUAUACUUUUAAAACAAUGAGUAUUUGAACGUUUACUGAUUGGCCCCUUUCACUUCCAUUGUAAAGCACUGAACUGGUAAGCAAAAGGUUGUUGGUUCGAUCCCCACAGCCGCCACCACUGUGUCCUUGAGCAAGGCACUUAACUCCAGGUUGCUCCAGGGGGAUUGUCCCUGUAAUAAGUGCACUGUGAGUCGCUUUGGAUAAAAGCAUCUGCCAAAUGCAUAAAUGUAAAUGUAAGUGCCUCACGGUAACCCAGAUUAUCUUCUUUUCUUUUUUUAAGGAGGAACACGUCGAAAUUCAUUUUUGUGGUACUCAACAUUAUGCCACAAAUGCUGCCUUUUUUUUAUUUUAAUUUUUUUUUCCUUUUAUUGAACCCAGAAUAUUCCUUUAAUAUCUCUAUUUUGAGUCAUUAUUUGAUCAGACUGCCAAAAUGUGACUAUAAAAAUGACAUAAAUACACACAAAAUGUAUUGUAAAUGCCAAAUAACCAUUUUUAUUUCCAAGAUUAUAACCGGACUCCAUAUGCAAUGGUGAUGAGGUCAUGUGGUCAUGUGACAAGUAGGAUACUACUGUUUGAAAUACUUGGCAUUCUGCAUACUAUUUCAUAUACUUUACAGAAUGCAAUAAACGGUAUGCUAGCAUUCCAUUCUGAACACAGCCUAAAAUGUGAGAAAGUUGGCUAUGUCUAUGUUGUCACAGUGCCAUCCAGUGGAUAAAAAUGGGCUACCCAUGUAAUGGUGAAAGUGCAAAAACUGUUGUGAACUGCUCUAGUGAAAUUUUAUUUUUAUUUUUUACAGCAAAGAUUAGCCUGAUCCAGGAUCAGAUGUUAAGUAAAACCGAGAACUCGUUAAUGUUAUGAGUGCUUACAGGAAAGUGCUAGCGAUGUUGCAUUGAAUGUACAUUAAUGUUGAAGUGAUGCAAAUGUCUAGAUGACUGUAUACAAUUCUCAGGGAAUAUCAUUCACUGUCAGAAGUCUCAUAACAGCCGUCUAAGCCAAAUACUUUGUGGAAAAUAACAUGUACCAUUCACUUAUAACACAUAUUAGUCACAUGACAUCUGAAGCAGUGAUUUACAGUGUAACACACAGUGCUUAUAUAUCACCAGACGUGACUGCUGUCUAUGUUCUUAUAAAGACAACUCAACCCUCAGUUUGUUUUGGCAUGUUAUCCUGUUGCACUGACAUUUUUAAACAUUCUACCUGUUCUUUUUUAUUUUAUUUUUAUUUUGGCAAAACACCACAUUUCAGAGCUUGCAGCCAAAUAAGUUGCUGCCAAAUUGUCCAGAAAGCACUUAAUAAGGGAUAUGCAAGAGCCCAAACAUCUUUGGCAUCCUCUUAGUUCCUCUGUUAAAUGUAUUUUCUUUCCAAAUAUGUCUCUUUUUCGAGAGAGUGUUUGUGUCCUCCCGUUACGUUUCGAUUCUACUUCACCAAAGACACUGACUGGCCUUCUAGAGCCAUAACAUGAUUCUACAAAACCCAACACAAACGUUCUUAAAGCCCGAAGCAUUUGACAGGUGUCAACUCCUCAACCCCAGACAUACUGUAAUUUCCCUGCAUGCCAUUUUAAGCUGAUUUCCACUUAAUACAUUUAAGCAAAAUCACGAGCAAGAGUGGUGUUGUACUUGUUUUCAGCAUAAUAGCGAGGGUGGUAUUGCUUUUAUGUAAAAGUCCUAUAAACAAUACGUUAAAAUACUUGAAACUUAACUGACAAUUUAGACACAAAAUGGUCAGCUAUUUUAUUUAUUUUUGCUCCAGCAAUACAAUUUUGCGAACAAUAGAAUUUAUAUUCUUUGGCAAACACAGACAACUGAAGUGUUACAGUGAAAUGUUCCAGUGCUGUUAUAAGAGUUAUCAUUUAAAUAUUUUUUUAUAAGUAAAAAAAUCUGCAUUUUUCAUUUUACAUUUUGCUAAAUAAUAUGCAUUAAUGCUCACACAGGCCUCAGUAUUAAAUAAACGUAGGUAGUAUCUAUAGAAAGCUAUGCAAAGCAUUUUUUUUGUUGUAUUCUUGCUUAAUUUGUACCACUUUUUAAAAGCCACACCUAUGCAGUUGUUUAACUUUCCUUUGAGAAGUGCACAGAUUUUGAUUUGAAGUUGAAUCUGGGACCAUUCAAUGGUUGACUGGCAUUUGUUCUGGUUUGUACAGAUAGGUGUUUGAAAGUAUCAGUUAUCUGAGGGUUUAGGGGCGCAAGUAACAGAUUACAUAUGUUUUUCAACACAGGACAGAAACCAUGUGUAACCUCCUCUCUGUGGCACCUUUUACCUGAGGUCUGAUGCACACAUACAGUACAUGCAUGAAAAGAGUCGCACAUGAUCAUGCCAUCUCCAAAUCUAAAAGCCCAGAUGCAAUGUCCUCAUUUGCAAUAUCACUGCAACUGAUGUCCAGUUUAAAGGAACCUGUCAAAUGCUUCCUGCUUCCUCUUUGAUUUUUUUUUCUCAUUCUCCCUGUGAAGUUAAUGAUGCGUCACACAUUGACCAUCUGCACUAGAUGAAUGUGUUUUCUACUGUGUUACUGUAAAAAACAGACACUUUGUGCAAAUGCAACACAAUUUAAGAGUUGUUUGAGAGCGGACUGUUAUUCUGUUAUCACUGAAUGUUGGUGUCUGCUGUCUCAUGCAUGUGUAUACAGUACAUGGGGUAGAGGAAGCCACUGUAUAUGUCUGUUGUUAAAUGAACAGUAACGCAUUGUAUAUUCUUCAAAUAUGCUGUA